AUGAGAGGGUUUCGGGAGGCAUUGGGUUAUGGAGAUUUGUUGGAUUUAGGUUUUCAGGGUACUAAGACGACAUGGUGGAAUUAUGAAACCAAACUUCGUCUUGACCGGGCUAUUUGUACUCCUUCAUGGUUUGAUAUUUUUGGGUAUGCGAAAGUAAUUCACCUUCCUCCAAGUGAUUCUGAUCACAUCCCUAUAUUGUUAUGUGCAAGCAUGGUUCCAAUUCCAAAAUGGACGAGAUUCCAUCGAUUCAAGUUUGAAGCUUUUUGGCUUCAACAACCUGAAUGUGAUUCUAUGGUGAGACAGCAAUCUAUGUUAGGUGUGCGGGCAAGACUCGAGGAGUUGAUGGAUGUACAGAUGACCGAGGAUGUUCAAGUUGAAAAACAGUCUUUGAUGGGUCGUUUGCCAACCUUGCUUUCUCAAGAAGAAAGUUUCUUGAAACAAAAAUUUAAGGUGCAAUGGCUUAAGGAGGGAGAUCGUAAUACCAGUUUCUUCCACCGUAAGGCAGUGAAUAGAAAGCGGAAAAAUUUAAUUCAGGGUUUGUUUGAUGAGGAUGGCAAUUGGUGUGAAGAUGAUGCUGAUGUGGAAAGAAUUGUUUCAUCUUAUUUUACUAAAAUGUUCACGGCUUCGGAGUUAGAUUUUGGGGCUAUGGAGUCUCUUGAAGCAAUACAACCUUGUGUGUCUCAAUAG